GUUCAGACGUGCUGCUCAUCAUAACUGGUAACGAACAACAUGGCGUUCAAUUUUGGCGGUGCCACGUCUAAUCCUGCGGCAAAUACAUCUGGAUUUUCUUUUGGUUCUUUUGGUGCCAAGACCACAGCAUCAACAACGUUUGGAUUUGGCACCGCACCAACCACCACCACUGCCUCAUCCGGAUUCGGCACUCUCACAGCACCUGGUUUUGGGACAGCAGCCACCACCACAGCUGCACCAGCCACAGGAUUUGGCUUUGGCUCAACCAGCACUGGAUUUGGGGGGCUGGGAGCUGGAAACAACAUGGCUGGCACUUUUGGUGGCUUUGGGACAACGACAACAUCUGCUGCAUCAGGAUCCACUUUUAGUUUUGCCACACCCUCCAACACAGCAGGGGGGCUUUUUGGCAGCACACAGAACAAAGGGUUUGGGUUUUCCUCUGGACUUGGUGCUGGGGCUGCUGCUGGAACAUCAGGAUUCGGAACUGGAUUGGGAACAACUACUCUGGGAGGCUUUGGAGGAUUUAAUAUCCAGCCAACUCAGCAGCAGCAAGGAGGCUUGUUCAGCCAGCAGGCUCAGCAGCAAGGUCAGACUCAGCAAACCCAACUGUACCAGCAGGUCACCGCUCUGUCAGCUCCGACUCUGUUGGGAGAUGAGCGCGACUCCAUUCUGGCCAAGUGGAACCAGCUGCAGGCUUAUUGGGGCACUGGGAAAGGCUACUACAGCAACAACAAUCCACCUGUUGACUUUACUCAAGAGAACCCUUUCUGCAGGUUUAAGGCCGUGGGUUACAGCUGUGUCCCCGUUAGUAAGGAUGAGGAUGGCUUAGUGGUCCUGGUUCUUAAUAAAAAGGAAGCUGAUGUUCGGGCUCAGCAGCAGCAGCUGGUUGAAUCUCUCCACAAGGUCCUGGGUACCAACCAGACACUCUCCGUCAAUGUAGAUGGUGUCAAAGCCCUGCCUAAUGACCAGACAGAGGUGAUCAUUUAUGUAGUGGAGCGUUCUCCUAAUGGCACCUCCAAGCGGAUCCCGGCCAGCACGCUCUUCAGCUACCUAGAGCAAGGCAACAUCAAGGUCCAGCUCACACAGCUUGGCGUGGCUACAUCUGUCACACGCACCGAGCUCUCUCCCACACAGCUCAAACAGUUACUGCAAAAUCCUCCUGCAGGUGUGGACCCCAUCAUUUGGGAGCAGGCCAAAGUGGACAACCCUGACCCCGAAAAAUUCAUCCCAGUGCCCAUGGUUGGUUUUAAAGAGCUGCUUCACAGAUUGCAGAUCCAGGAGCAGAUGACUAAACAGCACCAGACUCGUUUGGAUAUCAUCUCCAGUGACAUCAGUGAACUGCAGAAGAACCAGGCAACUACGGUGGCAAAAGUCACUCAGUACAAGAGGAAACUGAUGGAUCUGUCACACAGAGUGCUGCAGGUAUUGAUCAAACAAGAGAUUCAAAGGAAAAGUGGUUAUGCUAUCCAAGUGGACGAGGAGCACCUCAGGGUGCAGCUGGACACCAUUCAAUCUGAGCUUAAUGCGCCCACACAGUUUAAGGGCCGUUUAAAUGAGCUGAUGUCCCAAAUCCGAAUGCAGAACCACUUUGGAGCUGUGAGGUCAGAAGAGCGCUACAGCGUGGAUGCAGAUCUCCUGAGAGAAAUCAAACAGCACUUGAAGCAGCAGCAGGAGGGACUAAGUCAUUUGAUCAGUGUCAUCAAAGAUGAUUUGGAAGACAUCAAACUCAUAGAGCACGGGUUAAGUGAUGGAGGACACAUGAGAGGAGGCAUUAUGAGCUGAAUCUUCAGAGAAGUUCUGGAACUUUCACCCAGCGGACUCAGGAGGGGUUCCCUUUUUUUUUUUUUUUUUUUUUUUUUUUUUUUUUUUAGCUCCUGAAGAUGAACUUGAGAGGACCACAGUGGAAUCAGCUUCAUUUAAACUACAGCUCAUUUUGCAGCACAAGUUUUGUCUUUUAGAAUUUGGUGAGUUGACGGCAUCAGAACACAUUUGCUGGAAAGAUCAAUUUGAGGUAAUUUAUGAAAAAAAUAUCAGUGCCUAAUUUGUUUUUAUGCUGGGUGUUCUUGCUGUUAUGAAUGCAACUGGAAAAAAAUGAGUGGUUAAUCUGCUCUUUCCAGAUUGCUUCUGCUGGGUUCAUAGAAAGGCUGAACUGUGUCUAAUAAUAACUUGUGAUCAUGUCAAAUGAGAUUAAAGAGGCUGUGACAACGAGGUUUAUUAGUUUGUGUGACUGAAUGUGGGACGAUGUAAUUAAAUGUUUUUUUGUUUUUUUUUUGUAUGCUGUUAUAUAAUUAAAUGUCAUUCAAUUUGAGAAUGG